CAUCCCAACUCCAUUCGCACCUAUUCUUCUCUCUCUUGUUUGUCUUUCUCUCUCUCAAUCAUUCUGUGUUCCUUUUCACUCCUUAGGACCAAUCAUCGCUCCGCUCUUGCUCCUCAUCAUGCUCUUCCUCUUACAAAAGAUUCCCGCUGGGGCUGCAUCAUGAAAGCAGAAGGGACUGUGCCUUCUAUCCUUCACUUCUUUCUACUUUCUGAUCGUUGAGAAUAGGUUUUUUUUGGAUUCAGUUGGAUAUCUCUUUGGGUUUUGAAUUUCCAUCGUGCUUUGCUGUUUUGUCCCUCAACUCCAUCUGUGUUCUUUCUUAAGCUCUAGGGUUUGCUGAUUUUGUAUCCUCAUUUCCAGCGGAGCAAUGCAAUGAAGCAGUCUUUUGACAUUUCAGCUUCUGGUCCAACCAAGAUUCCAUCUAUAAAUAUUCCUAAAGAAGUGGGACGCAACGCUUGGGAGGUCUUAUCUGGAUCUGAUGCCUACCAUGCCUCAUCGGAUGCUAGCCUUUUUUCUAGCUCAUUACCUGUUUUGCCACAUGAAAAGUUGAACUUGAAUGACACUGAAAAUGAGUAUCAGUCUGUGGAUGUGGAUGACAUCUCAUCUGGCUUUAACAAGCUCCACCAAGAUUUAGAGGUCAGUGAAUCACUUGGAGGUCCAAAUAUUCAUACACUUGGAACAAUGCUUCCAGAUGAUGAGGAGGAGCUUUUAGCUGGCUUAACAGAUGAUUUUGACCUGAGUGGUUUGCCUGGUUCCCUGGAGGACUUGGAAGAUUAUGAUCUUUUCGGUAGUUGUGGAGGUAUGGAACUGGAAACUGACCCACAAGAAAGUCUUACAGUGGGCAUUUCAAAAUUAAGUUUCUCUGAUAGUACAAUUGGCAAUGGUUUGCCCCAUUUUUCUUUUCCUAACGGUGUUGGAACUGUUGCUGGGGAACAUCCGUAUGGGGAGCAUCCUUCUAGAACAUUAUUUGUUCGAAAUAUUAAUAGUAACGUGGAGGAUUCAGAAUUGAGAGCCCUUUUUGAGCAAUAUGGUGAUAUUAGAACCCUCUAUACUGCAUGUAAGCAUCGGGGGUUUGUAAUGAUAUCCUACUAUGACAUCCGUGCUGCUCGAACAGCUAUGCGUGCAUUACAAAAUAAACCGCUGCGGCGGAGGAAACUUGACAUUCAUUUCUCAAUACCAAAGGAUAAUCCAUCAGACAAGGAUAUAAAUCAAGGAACUUUGGUGGUUUUUAAUUUGGAUCCAUCUGUUUCAAAUGAAGACCUUCGACAAAUAUUUGGGGCUUAUGGCGAGGUCAAAGAGAUAAGGGAAACUCCUCACAAGAGGCACCAUAAAUUUGUUGAAUUUUAUGAUGUCAGAGCUGCAGAAGCAGCACUUAAAUCAUUGAACAGGAGUGAUAUAGCAGGUAAACGCAUAAAGCUGGAACCUAGUCGUCCGGGUGGAGCUCGUCGAAAUUUGAUGCUCCAACUAAAUCAAGAUCUUGAUCAAGAUGAAUCUCGAAAUUUCCGACAUCAAGUGGGUUCACCUGUAGCCAACUCUCCACCAGGUAACUGGUUGCAGUUUAACAGCUCCAUUGAACUUAAGCCAAUGCAAUCUAUCAGUAAUUCUCCUGGUUCUAGGAUCAUGAGCCCAACAACUGGCAGCCAUUUGCCAGGAUUAGCUUCAAUCUUGCAACCGCAAGGAUCUAACUCUAUAAAGGGUGCAGCCAUUGGCAAGGACCUAGGAAGGAGUAGUCAUGGAGAUCACAUGUUUAAUAGUACCAAUUCAUCACAUGGAGCCACAUUUCAAUCUCACUCACUUCCAGAGCCAUCAUUCAGCCAAUAUCAUGGAGCUUUGUCCCCUUUUGGCCCAUCAAGUUCAAAUGGAUCUUCUGUGGAAACCUUGUCUGGGCCUCAGUUUCUUUGGGGUAAUUCGAGCUUAUACUCUGAGCACACCAAACCUUCACCUUGGCCUAGACCAUCUGUAGGGCCCCCAUUCACAUCGAAUGGAAAGAGUCACGGCUUCCCAUACUCUGGUCAGAAUGGUUCCUUUGUUGGAUCGUCCCAGCAUCAUCUUCACCAUCAUGUAGGCUCUGCUCCAUCAGGUGUUCCAUUUGAGAGACGCUUUGGUUUUCUUCCUGAAUCACCUGAAACCUCAUUUAUGAAUCAUGUUGGUUAUGGAGGCAUAAAUAUGGGACACAGUGAUGGAAACUACAUGGUUAACAUGGGUGGAUCUGUUAAUGCUGGCAUUACUAUAGCAAGGAAUAUGUCUGAAAAUGUGCAAUCAAACUUUAGAAUGAGAUCCUCUCCGAGGCUUAGCCCUGUGUUUCUGGGUAAUGGUCCUUACUCAGGGCUUCCACCCACUGCCUUGGACGGUUUGACUGAUCGUGGGAGGAGUAGACGGCUAGAGAACAAUGGUAACCAAGUUGAUAGCAAGAAGCAAUUUUUGCUCGACUUGGAUAAGAUAAAAAGUGGUGAAGAUGCAAGGACUACUUUAAUGAUAAAGAAUAUCCCAAAUAAGUACACUUCAAAAAUGUUACUAGCUGCCAUUGACGAAAAUCACAGGGGCACCUAUGAUUUCCUUUAUCUGCCUAUUGAUUUUAAGAAUAAGUGUAAUGUGGGCUAUGCAUUUAUCAACAUGCUAUCACCCUCUCUUAUCAUUCCAUUCUCUGAGACAUUCAAUGGAAAGAAGUGGGAGAAGUUUAAUAGCGAGAAAGUUGCUUCUUUGGCAUACGCUCGAAUCCAAGGAAAGGCUGCCCUUGUGAGCCACUUUCAGAAUUCAAGUUUGAUGAAUGAAGACAAGCGGUGCCGCCCUAUUCUCUUCCACUCUGAGGGUCCUGAAGCUGGGGAUCAGAUCGUACAAGAACAUCUUCCCUCCAACAAUCUCAACAUCCAGCUCUUCAGGUCAACUGAUUCACAUUUGAAUGACUCUCCUGGAAGCCCCCACCAGGAUAAGCCUCCUGUGAACUUGGAGACAACUUAACUUUAUGCUAGAUGCAUAGUUGCUGAAGCCCAACUUUUGGUGGCUGUUAGCAAUUUUUUGCAUAUAUGUGUAUUUAGGAAGGAAUAACAGGAACGUGUAGAUUAUAUAUUGUAGUUAUUCUCCGAAGUAUUUUGCUAGAAUUUGCUGCACAUAUAGCAGGUCUGAUAUAAUACUAAAAGGAGGGUGGCAUUAGCUUAAGAGCUGAGUGAACUGAAUUUCCUUUGCGGAAGGUGUUUCUCCAUUUUUGCUGAUUUUUGUGAUUGGUGGGUUUGUCAUUGGAUAUAUUAUGAAGAUGUUCAUAUUAGUUAGGGGUUGAUAUCUUGAGAGUUGGCAAGUUGACUUUGGGGGUACAAAUUGUAUAGAGGGAGAUAAACAGACUUCGUUCUUUAAUGUAUUGGCACUCUUGAAAUUAAAUUGUGGAGUGCGUAUCGGAUAUUACUAUUUAAGGCAUUCAAAGAAUAGAUCUAUGCUAAUUAGUUCCCAA